AUGAAGGUUUCAACUAGCUCCGUCAUUCUUGCUGCCUUAGCGAUCUCUUCCUCUUCCUCUACUUUGGCUGCGCCGGCUGGGGACUUCGAAGAUGCAGGAUGCUCACCUUCACAGAGUACGCACUCCCUGCACCAUUGCCAUCCCUCCAGUGCGACUCCUACUCCAUCCUCCAUGAACGGCAGGUCUGACAUCCUGGUCGAGAGAGUUCAUCCUUCACUCGACUUGCGAGACGUUAGCCUAAUUCCUGGUAAUAUUGUCCAGAUCGUUAACGGCAUUCCGAUUCUUGGGCCUGUCCUGGGGUCCAUACUCAAACAGCUCUCAGUCGGUGGACAGCUGGGUACUCAGGCUGUUGACGGGGUUAGCGAAGAUGAUAUGGCUUCCCUCAAAGCGGCGACCGCCGAGGUGAUGCGGGCGCUCAACAACAACUCGUCAAAUGUUGCUGCUCCAGUGCAGAACGUCCAGAACAUCGGAGCGGGCACCUCGGCGACAUCCAAAAGCUCCUCCAACUCUCCCGCCCCUACGGAAAGCGCGGAGGCAGCAGAUGCAGGCUCCAACGCUGGGGCUAGCGCCACAUACUAUCCAUCCUCCUCUGCUAGCCCUCUCAUGCCCAGCAACCCCCCGAACACGCCAUCUCUCCCCCUCCCUAUCAACCCUACCCCUCCCGUCCACCCUUAG